AUGGCAAGCAGGGUUGAUGCUUCUGUAUACAAAAGCUUAAUUGGGAUUUUGUUGUAUUUUUCAGCCACUAGACCUAAUAUAAUGUACUCGGCAAGUUUACUUUCAAGAUUUAUGCAAUCUCUUAGUCAAGUUCACUAUGGUAUGGCUAAAAGAGUUUUGAGAUAUAUCAUAGUGGUGUUUUCUCCUAAAAUUCAAAAAAGCAAGAUGUGGUGGUUUAAUCUUCAGCUGAAGCUGACUAUCACAAAGAAUCUAGUGCAACAUGGCAGAACUAAGCACAUCAAUGUGAAAUUUUAUGUAGUUAGAGAAGUUAAAAAACUUGGUGUAGUAAAUUUAAUGCACUGUAACUUUGAGUACCAAAUUCCUGACAUAAUGACCAAAGAUCUUCUAAAAGCAAUGUUUGAAUUUCUUGGGGCUAAUCUUUGA